GUUUCGGGGUGGUCCACGGAGUCUGAGAAAGAGAGAGGGAAGGAGAGAGAAAGAGAGAGGUCCUUUGCACAUACUUCUUACCUCGACUUACGGGACUCGGUUAGCGAAUGUGGCUCGCAUUUUUUUGCACUCAUCGCCGGUUUCUUUUCCCCCCCAACUUCGGGGAAAGUUUUCAAGGGAGCGGGAUCCUAACACCAUAAGGCGGAGAGCGUAACUGAGGAGGAUCCAGUAAGGUUGCGGCGGGACGCACGCCGUCUUUUCUCCAAAAAUUCUCUCCGAGAAACCUGAAUUUCCUGGGAUCCAGUCGAGGCCAUCAACAGAUGCAGAAGAUAGCAACUCUCAUCUGAAGGGCUCAACGGUGCAAUCCCACGGUGCCUGGCACCAAUGCCAGAGGGCAUGCAGCCGCACCAAGGGCUGUGCCACUAUGAGUCUCCACCUCACCAGCCAUCCAGAGGCUUGGCGCCGUCGGGAAGACCAACAUACAGCGACAUUUCCACGCUGCGGGCACUGCCACACAACGGGCAGCCCCAAGAUGGCCGCACCUUGUACCCCCUGACCCCUAGCAUGACCCCAGGCUCGUGCAUGGACCCCUACAUGCGGCCCAUGCACGGCCACCCCUCUAAUGGCAUGCUGGGGCACCGCGGCAUGCAGGCCGCUGAUGGAGGUAACACUGGGUCUUGCUGCAGCCAGAACACCCUGAUGUCCCACAACAGCUUCUCUCUGGGCCAGCCGGGCUCUGAGAGCAUGGGGGCCGGCGACGGGUCCCGCUUUUCCACGCCACGCUCCAUGCUGAGGCUGAGCAAGAAGCGAGCACUGUCCAUCUCGCCGCUGUCCGACACCAGCGUGGACCUGCAGACCGUCAUCCGCACCUCGCCCAACUCGCUGGUGGCCUUCGUCAACUCGCGCUGCGGCCCCAACAGCGCCGGUUCUUACGGGCAUCUGUCGGUGGGCACCAUGAGUCCGUCUUUAGGUUACUCCAGCUCAGGAACCUACCAACCCAGGCCGCAAGGGAACACGUUCAACUCGGGCACUCCCCUGGGGCACCCGCAUGGACCGUGCCACCCAGCUCCUCCUCGGCUGGUGCCUCACAAUCCAAGGGUCCAUGUCUCUCCAAAACACUGUCACAUGAAGACCGAGCCGGUAAUGGGCAGCGUGAUGGACAACUUGAGCGGGAAGGGCUUGGACGACAGGUCAGAGGGUGACGUGGCCAGUCCAUCCUCCACUAGCACCCAGGACCCGCUCCUAGGGCUCCUGGAGGGUCGCGAGGAGCUGGACAAGGAGGACGGCAAGCCUGAGCCAGAGGCGGUCUAUGAAACCAACUGCCACUGGGAGAGCUGCAGCAAGGAGUUCGACACCCAGGAGCAGCUGGUGCACCACAUCAACAACGAACACAUCCACGGAGAGAAGAAGGAGUUUGUGUGCCACUGGCAGGACUGUUCGCGGGAACAGCGCCCCUUCAAGGCGCAGUACAUGCUGGUGGUACACAUGCGGAGGCACACGGGCGAAAAGCCACACAAGUGCACGUUCGAGGGCUGCCACAAGGCCUACUCACGCCUGGAGAACCUGAAGACCCAUCUGCGCUCGCACACCGGCGAGAAGCCGUACGUCUGCGAGCACGAGGGCUGCAACAAGGCCUUCUCCAACGCCUCGGACCGCGCCAAGCACCAGAACCGCACGCACUCCAACGAGAAGCCGUACGUGUGCAAGAUCCCGGGCUGCACCAAGCGUUACACGGACCCAAGCUCCCUGCGGAAGCACGUGAAGACAGUGCACGGACCAGAGGCUCACAUCACCAAGAAGCAUCGGGGUGACAUGGGUCCCAGGGCACCCGGCUCCAUGCUGCCCUCCAGUGGCCAAUGUUCAGAACUGCACCUGGAGAAAGAGGAAGGCCGUAGGGAGGACUGCAAACUGCUGGCUCCGGAAGUUUCCCUGAAGUCCCAGCCAAGCCCUGGGGGACAGUCGUCUUGCAGUAGCGAGCGUUCACCACUGGGGAGCGCCAACAACAACGACAGCGGAGUGGAAAUGAACGCCAAUCCCGGAGGCAGCCUGGAGGACCUGACGGCCCUGGAGGACGGGGGAGUGGGCGGGGCUGAGGCCGGUGGUCUCAUCGGGAUGUCGGGAAUGGGGAUGUCGGCCCAGGCACUGAAGCGGCUGGAGAAUCUGAAGAUAGACAAGCUGAAGCAGAUCCGCCGUCCCACGCCACCCGGAGGACGUGGCGGGACCUGCAACAACAAGCUGCCUGCGCUCACAGCUCCUGGAGAUCUACUUGGGAUGUGCCCCCCCCCAUCCAUGCUGUCAAACCGGCGUGUGAUGGAACUGUCCAAUCCAGAGGCGGGGGGCAUCCCGGGGGGCAUGGCCUGCCCACCCAACGACAGGCGUGGCAGCGGCACCAGCAGCCUGAGCUCCGCCUACACCGUGAGCCGCCGCUCCUCCAUGGCCUCCCCAUACCUUUCCAGCCGCCGCUCCAGUGAGGGGUCCCAGGUGGGCGGUUUGCCGGGCCAGAGCCAGUCAGAUCCCCUGUCCCCAGGGACGGGCCGCAGGACGGGGCCAUGUCGCGAGGGCGGGGGCCUGCCGGGCCUCCCCAACCUCACCCCGGCGCAGCAUUACAGCCUGAAGGCCAAGUACGCCGCAGCCACUGGUGGGCCACCUCCCACUCCCCUGCCCUGCAUGGAGCAGCCGCCCCCCCCCAGGGCCGUGGGGGGCUUCAUGUCGGAGUUCCAGGGCCAGCCAAUGCCACCAUUCCUCCACCAGGGCGCCCCCCGCAGGCACAGCACCAACACCGAGUAUGGCACCGGGGUCAUGUACCCCCACCAGGCACCGGGCAAUGGCGUGCGGCGCGCCAGCGACCCCGCCCGUUCUGGAGGCGAGCCGCCACCCUUGCCUCGGGUCCAGCGAUUCAGCAGCCUCAGUGACGUGGCGGCGGCCGCUGGCCGGCGAGGGGGGGUCGGGCUGCAGCACGGCGGCUCAGACGGCGCUGUCGCCCGCCGCAUGUAUUCGCCUCGGCCACCCAGCAUCUCCGAGAACGUCCUGAUGGAGGCCAUGGCUGUGGAGAUGGCGUCCGGCGAGGGCCCGUAUGGCGCCUUCCAGCAGGGCCCGUCUACGGCGUUAUCGCCCGGCCAUGAGGGCACUGGCUGCUCUGAGCAGGUCUACCACAUACCAGGGCACUAUCAGCGCCGGCACGGGGGUGUGGGCGCCAUCAGGGGUGGCCCUUUGGGGCAGGCGGAGGUGGGGCAGGCCGAGGCAGCCUCCAACAGCCUCCUGCAGCAGGCCGAGUAUAGCAUGAGCACCUGCCAGCUGAGCCCGUCUGGGCCACAGUUCACCAGCCGGGUCCAAAUAGGAGAGGGCAUGGCCACCCCCUGGGGAGACCCCGGACGGCCUGCCGUGGACCAGCCGCCCCUGCAGUACCAGGGCCAUGGGAUGCAAGUGACACCAGGGCCCCACUACGGCCAGCCCGGCGCGUUCAGGAACCCCUCUUCAAGCCAGAAGCCGGCCAUCAAGCCCGAGCAGCACUACCACCCAUCCUUAGCCGGCCCAAACUCCUGCCAGAACCAGGGUCCGGCCCAGGCCUAUGGGCAGCAGCAGCCAAGCCAUUCCAGCUGCGAGAUCCAGCCUCCGUUAGACUCCCAACAGCACCCGGGCUCCUACCCUGGCUCAGGGGGGCUGAGCCUGGGCUGCACCGGGGCCCCCCUGGGCGACGGUCACCGCUCCCAGACGCCCAUGAUGCAGGUGAAGGAGAUGAUGGUGCGGAAUUACGUGCAGUCGCAGCAGGCCCUGAUGUGGGAGCAGCAGCAGGAACAAGGCGACCCAGACCUCGCUAGCAUUGCCGGGAAGACCCUCCAGCAGCCCGGCCUGGCGGACAGCAUGCAGAUGGGUGGGCACAUUCCCAUGAUGCAGCACAGCCCCCAGCACCAAUCUCAGGGCCUCUACCCCGGCACUGGCUACCCAGCCUACCCCAACCAGAACCUGAUGAGCCCGGGCCCGGCGCAGCCCAAAGACGCCCUCCUGAGCCCCUGCUACGGCCCCAACACACCGAUUCCGCGCCCCCCCCAGGGCCGGAAGCCUCUGAGCCGUCAGAACAGCCUGUCUCAGCAGUCCGGGCCGGGAUACCUGGCUAGCCCGCCUAACCUCAGCCCAGCCAGCUCCUCAGUGAGCCCCCGCAGAGGGGUGCGCCUCCCCCCUAUGCAGCAGCAGCUCCAGGCCGACAGCAGCGCCAUGUACUACUCGGGCCAGAUCCACCUGCAGCCGGACCUGAACAAGCAGCUGGCCCAGCAAGCCGCCCAAACCGGAACCUGCCUCAACCAGCCGACUCUGGGGGUCCUGGAGACCGAGGCCAGGUCGGCCUCCCUCUCCUACCCGGAGCCGGCACCCAUGUCCAACGCCCUGGAUAACCUGGACUUGGAGAAUGCGCAGAUCGACUUCGCCGCCAUCAUGGACGACCCCGACACAGCGUCAUACAGCCCCCUCCCCCCACUGCAGGGUCCUAACCCAUCCUCAUCCCAGACCUCCUCACGUCUCACCACGCCACAGACCUCCCUCAGCCUCUCCGCCGGGCUCUCCAACAUGGCUGUGGGUGAUAUGACCUCCAUGCUGACCUCCCUGGCUGGGGAGAACAAGUACCUGAACACGUUAACUUAGAGAUGGACCAUCAUAGCCACUGGCAAGGGGACACUAUACUUGGCUAGGACUGGCGGAACAUUAAAGACAAGGUAAACCAAAGGUAGAGAAACACUCCCACUGGUACUGAGGCCUUGAGCAGAGGAGAUGACUCAGAGGUACCAGUAAGAGGGCAGCAGCCUGCCUCUUUCUAGCCUUUUCACCUCAUUCUCACACUGCCUCGAAGCAGUGAGUCGGUUGCCAGUAAGUAACUGGACAUCCCUCGCAGGGGAGGAUUGCAGGCGACGGUGGCACUGAAAGCUUAUAUGCUUAGAAGACAUAUGUGUUUGAAUGUAAAUAAGGUUUGUUUGCUGUGCAUGUGUCGACAGCGAGAAGCAGAGCCGUGUUUCCUGCGCAUUUCCUGAGGGAACGGCAACGCUUCCUCGUGCCUUUUUCGUUAUUUAGCGAAUUGGAAAAAAGAUAAACUUUUAUCAUGAAGAAUAAGCACGGGCUGACCGCAGAGCGCUGGUAAUCACACCCGAUAAGGUAACGGCUUAUCAGCAUUUGACACAUUCGAGAUUCUUCGCCGUCCUCACGCAGAGAUGGCGAGCACCUGCUUGCCUUCGUCAGUGCUUUCAGGCUACAUCGCCUGUUUCGGGGGGGUGG